CGACUACAGCAAAUGAACUCAAAGUCCCUCCCCAUUCCGAGAAUUAAAAGAGCCAGAAAGCACUCAACGCACCUGAGCUCAAACCUCCACCCAGAAGACUGCACUCGUGCCUGUGCUACAACCGGCGGUGCAGCUAUCUUCUUUUGUACCCUGGGUUUUGCCAACUCGCUUGGUACGUUCGAGUACUACAUAUCGUACUAGAUGUAAGAUAAGUUUGCGUCCAAGAUCUCCUGGACUGGCUCGCUAGGUGUCGUCCUCAAGUUCCUUUCUAGUAUGUUUGGUGGACCGUUGUGUGAUCGUUAUGGUGCCAAAUUAUGUCAAACGACCAGCGGCAAUUAUAUACGUCUUCGCAAUGAUGAUACUGAGCUUCUGCAGGACACGCCGGCAGGCCAAGCUCAUGCAGGGUGCUUUGAUGGGUAUUGCCAUGGGUUUUCUACAGCUUCCUGCAUUUGCCAUGUCUCUGGACACCGCGGGGUCUUUGGGGGAGGGCUUAGGUGGAUG